AUGUUCGGCCAGGAGAGUGAAGAGCUGAGUCCGUUUGUGAUCCCACAGGAGGAUAUCGAAGUGCUCAAUGCGUCUGAGGGGUUCUGCAUGUUGAGGAACUACCUCGCAAGGGACACCAGCUUCUGCGCGCAGCACGAUGAAUGCGACUCACAGAGCAAGGAAACGUGGGUUCUGCACCGUGAUGUGCUGCAUGCGCUGGUCAUGCCGGUGCUGGAGCUCUUCAACCGAGCUUCGGCACUCGCUGAGGCUGCGUUGUGUACCCACAAAAGCGAAGAUCUGGAGUUAGCGUUUGCCGGGGAGGCGCGUGGAGCAUUCCUGUGUCUGCAGUGCUUCGUCGACGAAGAAGAGGAUUGGUGUAGGACAAGAGGGUGUCCUGCCUGCGUUACCUCUGCAACGCUCAGCACCGAAUCACACCUUCGCCUUACCAUUGCCGCCUCGCUUCUCUCCACAUGCUCCGUCGCUGCUGCAUCCAAUGCCGACACGCCAACUACCGAAGAGCCAUCGACAUCUCGCGCCCUGCCGCCACUACCCCACAUCCUCCCCGCCCUCCGCGAUGCACUCUCCUCAGACCCCUUCUGGGGACCCGACCACUGGCCCUACCUUCUCUCCCGCGCGACCCAACUAUCCGCCGGCAUCCAAGCCCUGAUCGUUGAGUGCGUGAAUCUUGAAUCUCUUGUCUCGUCGCCCGUCGCCGACCGCACCGCGUUCAUGGGCGGAAAGCGCAUCUUCACCGCCCCUGGACUGCAGCACAUGAACCCUUCGAGCGCAGACAAGGGCGUGAAGCUGAGGAAGAGCAAGCUCGCGAAGAGACAGCUCAGGCUGGAAAGCGAGGAGAUGGAGCUCAUGAGAAGGCUGGCGAUGCAGUGCUGGGCCAAGGCCAAGCUGCCGAAAGGUCUCCGGGGCCAGAUGCUCGGACUGAAUGGCGAGGACAGCCGGAGGCGGAGGAGUCUGACCUGUCCGUGA